CCGUUUCAUGAUUUUUCAACUUAAAGGGUUCCAGAGUGAGAGAGGACUGUGAGGUGCUAAUUAUGUCUUCCUGGAGUUCUCUUACCAUGGAUGAUUUCGUUGGGCCGCGUUUAUACUGUUGCUAUAAAUGCAGAAAUCAUGUCUCUGCUCAUGAUGACAUAGUAUCCAAGGCUUUUCAGGGAAGGAAUGGAAGAGCCUUUCUAUUCUCUCAUGUGAUGAAUAUAGUUGUCGGCACCAAAGAAGACAGACAUCUUAUGACCGGUGUUCACACUGUUGCCGAUGUUUUUUGCGGCGAGUGUAAUGAGUUGUUAGGUUGGAAGUAUGAACGAGCAUUCGAAGCAUCACAAAAGUACAAGGAAGGGAAGUUCAUUCUUGAGAAGUCAAAAAUUGCCAAGGAGGAUUGGUAGCCAAACCAGUCCCCCCACAUUCCUUCACACCUUUCACAAUGUAAAUAUGUAAGUCUAUGAUUCUACAUCAUAUCAUCAUCUUCUUUACAGUGCAACUCAAAAAAUUGUGAGAUAUACCUUUGUGAAUAUGUCUUUUUUCUUUUUAAUUUAUCUAUUAUCCCUUGUGAAUAGCUACAAUCAAGGUUUUAAAUAGCCGUAGCAGCAGCGGUAGCGAUAGCGGUAGCGGUCAUCGCGGUAGCGGCCUGUAGCGGCCUGUAGCCGACUGUAGCGAUUGCAGCGGCGUGAAAUAUUUUCAAUUGCGCAAAACAUAUAUUUAAUGAGUGUUGAAGUUAAUACAAACAUUGUGAAUAUUUGUUUGAACAUUUAUAACAUUAAGAGUUCAUUUACACAACA